GAGCGAAUGGAGCGUAGGAAAGUCGGGCCGUUCUUUACGAUUCGGGAUUCCCCCCCGAUCGAUGUCAGAUGACCCGGAUUUCGAACGCAUCAUGCGCAAAACGACGCACUUGACGUCGUACGACCAUUGCUUUUGGCCGUAAACCUGGAUUUCUGUGUGUCGCAGUCGGCAUCUGUGCAAAUGUGGGAGGCAUAAGAUGAUUUCCCAAGUCUUUCGACUGUCUUCCCGUGCACGCUUCUCGUCUGGGACGAACGUCCUCGGGUAUCCGCGUAUCGGCUUCCAUCCGUAAAUAAUUGACACGGUCCGAAAUUGAAACGGGUAGCCUCCCUCCCCUCGGAUGAGGGCAAUCUCACUUCAAAAUCUUCCCUUUAAUUGAUGUAUUUGCGUGGUCGUAUUGUCGUCACGAUGAGGCUAGGGAGAUCCACCGGCAUCUAUCUAAUUAUGACGCUGACAAUCGUCAUCCUGAUAACGAGGAGUUAUCUUGGUGACGUCGAUCCCUACCUUCCGAAGAAGACCUUGACAGACAAUAACGGAGAGCCUGUCGUGCAGUGGUCCGAACCAAAGUAUUAUAACAUAGAAAAUUCAUACAAUCACUUGAUUUGGUUCCUACAGAUAAGUGACAUACAUAUAAGUAUCUUUAGAGAUCCUUCUAGGCUAUCUCAAUUCAAGGAAUUCUGUAAUGUAACAGUAAAUUCUAUUCAACCUGGAGUUGUUCUUGCUUCAGGAGAUUUGACUGAUGCCUUAGCUAAAAAUGGAUUGGGGUCUAAUGAAAUCCUUCAAGAAUGGCAGCAUUAUAAAAAUGUAAUAGAUCAGACUAAUGUCAGUAAGAAAACUUUGUGGUUGGAUAUUAGAGGGAAUCAUGAUAACUUUGGCAUCUUAAAUCUAGAAUCUAAAAAUAAUUAUUAUUCGCAUUAUUCUAUCCAAGGAAAGAAACAUCCUAGAUCUUAUAUGUAUAAUGUUAAAGUUGGUCUUGAGAUAUAUUCUUUUAUUGCAAUUGAUGCUUGUUUGAAGCCGGGUCUUAAAAGACCAUUCAAUUUUAUUGGUACUUUAGACCAAAUAGAAAUUGAUAAGAUAAAACAAUUGAUUAACAUAUCGAAAGAGAACAAUGCUGCUCAUGUAAUUGUAUUUGGUCAUUAUCCUACGUCGAGUAUAAUAUCGGAAUCUAAUAUCAGAAACAUUUUAGGUAAUCACAGAAAAAAUAUGGUGUAUCUAUGUGGCCACUAUCAUACACUUCUCAAUAUGGUACCCAAUAUGUACGUGUUACAAAACGAAGGUUUUCUUGAACUAGAAUUGGCAGACUGGAAAGAAAAAAGAAUAUAUCGCCUUGCGGCGAUAGAUCAUGGCCAGUUCUCAUUCAUUGAUAUAAAACACAAUGAUUGGCCUAUAGCAUUAAUCACCAAUCCCAAAAACGUGUUAUUUAUGAUGCCACAAAAGGAAAAUUUACAAUCCAUUAUCAAAUCCACCCAUGUCAGAGUAUUGGCAUUCUCUACAGUCAAAUUAAAAACUGUCGAAGUUCAAUUAGAUGAUGGUGGUUGGCAAGAAUGUACUCAUGUAAAUGGACCUCUCUAUGUAUUGCCAUGGAACUCUACAAGAUAUAAAGAGGGUAUUCAUCAUAUAACAGUACGUGUAAUUGACGAUGAAAACAGGAAGAAAAUUGUAUCACAUUCUUUUUCUCUGAAUGGAUCGUGGUUAUCUACUUCCAUUCUUCCCAAAUUAGUGCUGAUGUUUGAUAUUGUCUAUAUUUUUCAGUUUUUAUUCUUCUCUACACUGGCAUUGGUAGUCGUCCCACUGUGGUUAAUUCGAUGUUUUCAUUUAUGUAACAAGAAUAAAAGGAUAACAAUACCACGUCGACAUGCGAGGUUCUUUUAUUCAUGUCUGGGGAGGAAAUUAUCGUUGUUAUCCAACGAUGAUAUGUUGUUUUAUGGGGUGAUAUUUCACACAUUAUUUUUGACUAUUGGUCCAUGGGCUGUGGGAGAAUUAAUUGAAGGUCAUAUGGGUGUGAUAUUUCUGUGGGGAAUAAUCAUUCAAAAUCAUUUUUUACCAGGUGGUUUAACGUUUGUUUAUGGAUUUCUUCAGUUAUGGUGUUUUCAUAUACCCCAUAUACUACAUUUAGCACAUUACAUGGAUCGUAGAUUACAAUACGCUGAACGUCCUGUCACUCAAGUCUGGUCAAAAUUAAGGAUAGCUUGGCAUUUCUUACCAUUUUGCCCAAUAAUCCUGAUACAAGUCAUUUUGACUUAUUUUCUAUAUCUAGAAUAUGGUUUAACAGCUGCAUUAAUCUGUCCGUUGCGAAUAGGAUGUAUUGGGGUAGCAUUAACACAAUUUUUUAUUGUCACCACAAUGCCAAUUUCGCGCAUAAGGUCUGCAGCAUGGUAUGUUAGAGGUUACAUUGAUAAUAACAAUACAACUGAAUAAAAAUGAUAAUAGAAUAAUACAAUUAGGAAUGUUAGGGUAAGCUAACAUUCAAACAAUUAGUAUUAAUAAUGAAUUUAUAGAAAAGAAUUUUGUGAAUGCAUUCUAUUAUAUUUUAUAUUUUUACUAGAACAAUGGUGAUAUUAAGAUUUCAACUAUAUUGUAAAAAAGAUAAUCAGAUAUAUUUAAAAGUCUAAUUAUUUUUUAUAUCAUAUUACAAGAGAAUCUUAUAUGGAUAUUGUUUGCAUUUUGUAAGGAAGUUGAUAUUUAUUCGAUAAGAUGCCACCUUAUGUUAUACUCACUUAUUUUUUUAUGAUAUACUCAUAUAUUAUGAUUACUGAUAAAGAGAGAAUUAUAUAAGUUUUAAAAGAUAAUUUAUAAAUUUUAAACUAAUACGCUUACAGUGCGUAUGAUGCAAUGUGAUAACUUUAUUGUUGAUAUGAGUUGCGUUUAUAAAUACUAUUAUUUUUUACUUCCAUAUUAUCCAUAAUUUAAAUUCGAAAGUAUUUUUGAAAAAUGCUUUUAUUUUAAUUUUUUUAUUAAUAGAGAUCAGAUUAAAGAAUCACAAGUAGAAAAUAUUUAUGUAUUGUAAAUGUUGCCAUUGUUUUCUGCUCUAUUAGAAUAUUAAUAAUAUAUUAAGGAGAUGCUAAACUAACAAGCGAACUUCGACGAGAGCGUUCACACAUAUGCGCAUCUAAAUAUAAACAUAAAUACAUUUAGAUAUACAUACAUACAUAUACUCAU